AUGCCAGUAGCCCUAGGCGAGGUGCUUUUAUUCAUGAUUGGGAUAGUUUGUCUUAGAGAAGGAAACUCCGUGCCACUGCGUCUACAAAAAGAUUCUAGGUGUGGACAGAAGCCACAUGAAAUGAAGCCAUGGAAUAAUUUCAACCAUCUCACUCGCAUUGUUGGUGGGAACCAGGUGAAACAAGGCUCGCAUCCGUGGCAGGUUUCCUUGAAACGAUGGCAAAGGCAUUUCUGUGGAGGCACCAUUGUUUCUGCUCAAUGGGUGGUCACGGCAGCUCACUGUGUUUUAGACAGACACUUACGCGAUUACCUGAACAUCACUGCCGGAGAACAUGAUUUAAGUCUCAUGGACGAAGGAGAGCAGACACUACCAGUUAAAGCCAUCAUUAAACACCCAAAUUUCAACCCCAAAAGACCAAUGAAUUAUGAUAUUGCCCUUGUGAUGCUGGAUGGUGCUUUCAACUUUAGUUCAUCAGUUUUGCCAGCCUGCCUUCCUGAUGUGGGUGAAAAGUUUGAUCCGGGAGAUGUUUGUACCACUUGUGGUUGGGGCCGUCUAAAAGAGAAUGGAAUCCUCCCUCAGGUCUUGCAUGAAGUAGACUUGCCAAUCAUAGACCACAAGGAAUGUUCUAGAGCUUUGUCAACCUUACGGAAUCCGAUCCGAGGAGACACUUUAAUGUGUGCUGGAUUUCCAGAUGGAGGAAAGGAUGCAUGCCAGGGUGAUUCUGGAGGCCCUCUUUUGUGUAGGCGUAAGCAUGGUGCCUGGACUCUAGCUGGGGUGACCUCCUGGGGUAUGGGAUGUGCUCGGAGCUGGAAUGAUAACAUGAGGAAAAAGUAUGAUCAGAGAGGAUCGCCAGGGGUUUUCACAGAUCUCCGUAAGGUGCUCUCCUGGAUUCAAGAAAACGUCAAUACUGAUUUGAAAAUGAAAAGUUCUACAGCAUCAUGUAGCACCCAGGAUGGUAAACUCCCCAGCAAUGAAGGUGAAUUACGUUUCCCAGAAAGUCCCAAACAUUUCUAUCAAAACAACCAGUUGUGUGUGUGGACUCUGCUGGUCCCAGAAGGAAUGCAUAUACUACUUAAUUUCUCCCACUUUGAUGUGGAGUCAGACACGUUCUGUGACUAUGAUUCUUUGUCAGUGUAUUCGAAAGAUGACAGACUAGUUGGGAGAUUCUGUGGGGUUGACUCUCCACUACCCAUUUUGGUCAGCUCCAAUGGUAUAAAGCUGAAAUUUGUCUCUGAUAACAAGGCAUCUGGAACUGGAUUUUCAAUGGUGUACAGAGCUCUUUCACCAGAUGCUCUUCCUGAUUCUGGCUGCGGGUCCUUGGCUGUCCUCUUUGAAGGAGGAGUGAUACAAAGUAUGAACUAUCCUGAGCCCUACAACAAUCUGGCAGACUGUCACUGGAUUAUUCAUGCUCCAGAGAACCAUGUAAUCAAGCUUACAUAUGAGUAUUUUGAAAUAGAGGAAAAUGAAGACUGCUCCUAUGACUCUGUAACAGCGUAUGAAGAUGUAACAAAAGAGGAAGAAAUAGCUAGGUCUUGUGGGUUUGCUGUCCCAGCGCCUGUUUUGAGCACCUCUAGCAUGAUGCUGAUCAUCUUUCAUUCAGAUGAAACCGAGACCUUUGGGGGGUUCCGAGCCACAUUCUCCUUCAUUCAUGUAGCAGAUUUAAAUAUAUCAGAUUUGAACAAUGAAGCAGCACUUUCUGAGGGUCUAAAUACCACCACAGAAAUUCCAGAUGACAUCUGUGGAGUGCCUUCAAAUCAGCCCAGGUUUCUCUUCAGUAGGAUAAUGGGUGGUGAGGAAGCUGUCCCCUACUCAUGGCCUUGGCAGGUCAGCAUACAGAUUUCAGCCGAGCACAUCUGUGGAGGAGCAGCCCUUACCAAAGAGUGGGUUGUCACAGCUGCUCACUGCUUUAAUUAUAAGAAACAGUACAGAGAUUUAUGGAUGGUGGUUGCUGGACUCCAUGAUAUUACAGAGCAAGAGCACAGUCAGAGAAGAUCAGUGAAGCAGUACAUUAUUCAUCAAGAUUUUAACGAGAUCACUAUGGAUUCCGAUAUUGCAUUAUUGCAAUUGACUGAGCCCCUGGAGUUUAAUCACUACGUGCGUCCAGUGUGCCUGCCUGAGAAGGAUGAGGUGGUUCAGCCUUCUAGGGUGUGCACCACCACAGGGUGGGGUACUCAUAAUGAAGACAGAGAAAAAUCCAAUAAACUUCAGCAGCUGGAAGUCCCAAUCCUAGUCUCUGAGACAUGUCAGAACUAUUAUGUAAACUAUCCUGGCAAGGUGACUCAGCAGAUGCUCUGUGCUGGAUUCCCUCUGGAGGAGGGAAAGGACUCGUGCACAGGUGAUUCAGGUGGACCGUUAGUUUGUCCUUCAGAAGAUUCAGGAUUUUACACUCUGAGUGGACUAAUAAGCUGGGGCUUCGGUUGUGGAAGAAAAAACUACCCAGGAGUAUAUACAAAUGUUGCUGUUUUCAUUGACUGGAUCAAUCACUAUAUUAACAAUACUGGCAAGGCACAAGGAUUUCCAAACUACUCAAACUUUCAAGACAACAUCUAAAUUCAGUGAAGAUCUGGUACCUCGCAUCAUCUGCACCAGCAGUUCUGCCUUCACAAUGAAAUUCGCCAUGACCUCUAGCGACCUUACUUCUGUGGCUUCUGGGUGGCUUACAGUUUUCCAAGUAAAGAUUAAAAUUCUUUUGAAUGUGGCUUUUGGACAUUAAGCUCCUCAUUUUGUAUUU